UUCUAGACGGUGACGAAGGCAUUAACAAGUAUUCUAUGACGAGGGGAGCAGGUGGUCAAGAGCUGGGUAUGACCGACAAUGACCAGUUCAAUGCAAGCAAGCUAUUGGCGAUGCAGAAAGUACUACUGAGUCUUUGCAGCCGUGGGAGUAUUGCUGUCCAGAACUGAUGGUGGAAGAAGAAGGGACGUGGUUCACACGUACAAAUGACGGGUAUUCCAACGCCGAGGAGCUUCGCCGAGGGGCAAGAGACGGAGUCCCUGCCACUUGUUCUUUCAAUGUCGAGUUGUCCGGGGCUACUGCGCGAGCAUAAUAUGGGCUUUGUGGAAGGGUCAAUCGUCAACAAGCACUUGCUGCAAGUCGGGAUAUCGAUGCAAGUCGCAGCAAGAGCAAAUGUCUUGUGUAUUCAUGCGGGCAGUUCAAUCAUCAGUCAUCAAUCAGCAGCGUCGGGGGGGGGAUUUGACAUAAACUGGGCUGGAGAUAAUGAUGUGUAGCGGGUCCCGAAGGGGGGUAUGCCACAGUGCAAGGGCCUCUUUGGCUUGUCAGCGCGCGCGAAUA